UUGAAAAGUUUAGUGAUGUACUGAAAUCAUUAGGUUUUAUCUACACUUGUGUUAAAUAUAUUGGUAUGCUUCUUUUUUGUGGAUGUCUGAUUUACUUUAGUUUGGGGGCAGAAUGUAGGAAAAAUGGAGUUUUCAAAACUUUCGCAACAGUUAACCUCAACAGACUUUAUGAACAAAAGCAUCAGUAACUUGAGACCUCAUUGACGUUUCCUGGUGAGCUAAUAUUGAAUUUCUUGUGAUGAACACUUAGUGUGUUCAUAAAUAGUUUAAUAAACCUUGUAAAGUUUUCACUGUUCUCUGUCAUGAAAAUAGAUUCUCAUGUAACGAUACUUGUCAUCCAGGGGGCACCACUGACCACUGAUCAGCUGACAGGUAUGGUGUAUGAGCAAUUUUUGUCUGCGGACCUCCGUGAACUUCAGAUGGGAUGUCUGCCUCCUCAGCUGGCGCACGAGACUAAAUUCAUGUUACAGGGGGUUUUCUGCCUUCAGGUGGAUUCACUUUUGGAUGUCAGUCAGCCAUAUUAUGGUCAGCUUCAAAAGGUCCAGGGGACAGAAAACGCCAAUGUACAUGUCACAGCCACUCAGCCAACACAGCCAGCACCUGAGAUGAAGGCAGGUAGGAUGCUGAUGUUGAAGCUGACAGAUGGUGUAACGGAUGUACAGGGGAUAGAGUAUCAACCCAUCCCAGCCCUCCACAAAAACCUACUCCCAGGAUGUAAGGUGCGGAUCAAGGGGAGAUUACUGUGUCGAAAAGGUGUUCUCUUCUUGAAAUCUGAAAAUGUGGAGAUACUGGGAGGUGAGGUGGACUCUCUUGUGGAGAGCAAUACACAGGACAGACUGCUGCAGAAUGCACUAGCAUCCAUUGGCCAAUCCUCCACAGAAGAUCAUCAUAUGGAGUUUAAUAAUACACAGAUAACUCAUCCAACAAACAGCACUGCUGGGCCUAACACUGGGAGGCAGGGGGAGACAACUGGAGGCCUCCUGAGGGGAAACGGGAGUGGAUUACAGAGUAACUCAUCUGCAGGAAGGCCACCAUCAAAUAGAAUACAUAAUAGUGGGAGCUAUAAUACAGCAGCAGAUGAAAUGGAUGAUGAUGAUGAUGACUUCUUGGCAUCCCUUGGAACAUCAGAUCUAGCUGCUUUGGAUGAAAAUUGUGAUGAUGACAUGAAAGAUGUAAACCUUGGGCAAAGGCUGAGGCCUGAGAAUAAGCUGUCGUCAACCUCCAGCCAUGUAAGCAGAUUGCAGAAAGAUCCUGAGCAAUAUCCUACACCCAUUGGUCUGACCAAGCCAAUGGCUUGUGUAAAUGGGAUAAGGCAGCCACUCACAGCUCAGCUUAGAUCAGAGGAAUCAAAAGAAACUUCAAUGACCAGACCGUCACAGCUUGGGCAGCCAGGAAAGACAGGCAAUCAGAACAUAUCUCCAAGCCACAUGACAAGGGUUACCUCAUGUCAGAUGUCAAAUCAAAGGUCAGACAGUAAGUCAAUGGACACCAUGGAAUCUGAGAUUCAAAUGGAGCUCGAAAACUUAGCCGACCUCAUGGAUGACGACUUUCCCAUGGAUGAUGAUGAUGACUUUGAUGACAGCUCAGUGUUUCACCCAACAAUUCCGAAACGAUCAAAACCAUCCAAAUCAAAUGUUAUCAAGAGUGAAUGUAAAACUUCCACAGAUCCACCAUGUCCUGCAAAAAGUUUGAAUACUCUUGGGAAACAGAACAGUCUAAGCAAUUCCAUAACUGACAAUGACCCACAUGCAUUAUGUAAACCUGGAGAUACCUUCAGACAAAGCAUCAUUUCACCUAGUGCUAGCACUGUCACAUCUGGUGGAGAUGGCACUUCUUCUAAGCAGUGUGGUGACAGAUCUAACACGGGCACAGGACUACCCAGCUUUUCAUUUCCAGACUUUUCCAAGUUGACCAAACCUGAUGAUAUCAUCAGCCACAUCAGAAGUGUUGCCGGCAAUGUUCAGAUGACAAGUAUGGAUGCAUCGGAUGACGACCCUUUUACAUAUCUCUCUAAGGUGGAAUCCAUGUUACAAUCAAGGAGACCCUUUUGCAUCAAGGUCAAGGCAUAUGUGGGCACAUUACUGAGUCGUUUGGAAAGCGGUAAGGGAAAGGGCUGGACUCUUACCUGUAGACUUAAUGAUGGUACAGCUACACUUGAUGUGGAUAUCACUGACCAGGCUCUUACAAAAAUGAUUGGUUUUUCUGUUCAAGAUAGUUUGGCUUUGAAAAGGGAAGAAAGAGGGAAAUCUGAUCUUUGGGAGAGGAUCAAUAACUGCCAGUUAAAGGUGAUCAACACCUCGUCCAUUUUCAAAGUGGAGUAUCAGCCAACAUCUGCCAGAGCACAGGUCACAGAAAUCACACCAGUGACAUGCGAACACAUAGAGAAACUCUACGCCAGAGUCUGCCUUCAGAUGUCUGUCAGUUAACACAGACAUCUUCAGAUUUGAAGAAUAUGGACAUACUAAGUGACAUAACAUGUAUAUAAGCAUUGCACCAGGUGCCUGUGGUAUAGUGGGAUAACUUACUAGCACAGCACAAUCAUUUAGGAACCUCUCACCAAAGCGAUUCCUGAGAGUUGAAGUCCAGCUUCCUCUCCAGUUCUUUGCGGGAAGGUUUUCCAGCAACCUGCACUGUAUAAAAACGAAAUGUUCUAAAUUGCAUUCAUUUUCUGGAAAUGCUUCUGUUUUAGGGGAACAUUUUGUGUCAGAAAAUGAUAAAUAAAGGAGAUGUAGAGUGUGCUCUCAGAUAUCUGGCAGAUAACAAGAAGCUUUGUUCAAUGUCUACAUGCAUAUAGCAGUUUGCAGUUGACCUACUUCACAGCUGCAUGUUUGUAAGGUAGUGUCUUAUUGUUGCGUGAUGCAGGAAUGUAAAAGUUUACUGUACAUUUAUUAUGACGUCAGAGCUCUGAUUGGAACGUUAUGGAACAAAUGAUUCUUUUUCAACGUCAUGGAGUCUGAGUGUAAAAUGUCAAAAAUGUAAAAACACAAGCGAUAUUUGUAAUCUCUAUGAAGUAACACUUUUAUGAUUGAAGGAAAUUCUGAUAGUUCACCUCUGCAUAAAUCAUAAAAGCAAAUCUAACAAGUAAACAAACUCAAAUUCUUUUAUUUGUAGAGAUGAACACUAUGAACUGAUGUAACUAGGGAGGUAAACGUACCCGCCGGUGUCUUGCAUGACACACUUGAUGUUGUUUGAAAGGUCAUUUCUAUUUAAUAUGUAUACACAUGGCCCACAACUGACAGCAGGGUAGAAUGUUUAAUAUUGCCACCUUUUGCAUGAGGUUGUCAGGGUAAAGUUAUAUUUCGUAGAAAAUGCUAUCCAUAUCACAGGAAACUAGAAUAGACACAUUUUGUCAGUUCAUGUUCGCCGGGGGAAAAAAAAUGACUUUUUAU